AUCACGCCCUGAGGGGAAUUGAGGGGAUCUUGGGCAUUGCUGUCGUCUGAUCUGCUCGGGCUUAGGGGGCUUUUUUACUUGCUCAUAUUCUCUCUUGCUUCGCUGGAUGUCUCGUAUUUCUUGCUAAAAGCACCGGAUUCCUUCUCCCACUCGCUGCGUCUAACACUGCUAUCACCACCAACACAAAACAAAACAACAAGACAAACGCAAUGGACAUGAACAUGGACAUGGACAUGGACACAUCAACAACCAUGGCCUCAAUGGCAUCCACAACCACAUCCAUGGCCAUGGCCAUGCCCUCCUCCACCACCACCACCUCCUCAAUGGACAUGUCCUCGACCUCAAUGUCAAUGACAAUGACCUUCUUCACCUCCACCUCGACCCCCCUCUACUCCCUAUCCUGGGCCCCCGCCACUACAGGCCAAUACGCCGGCACCUGUAUCUUCCUGAUCGUCCUCACCAUCAUCCUCCGCUUUCUUCUCGCCCUGAAACCCAUCCUCGAGACCCGUCUCUGGGCUGAUUCCUCGCUUCACCAUACCCACACCCACGCCCACAUCGACAGCCCUGUCCACACGCAACCCGUCACUCCUGUCCGGGAUAUCCGACGGCGGUGGGCGCAGUGGAGGAUUAAUCCUGCGGCGGGGAGAGCGACCCUGGAGCUGGCAAUUGCGGGGGUGGGGUAUUUGCUGAUGCUGGCGGUUAUGACCAUGAACGUGGGAUAUUUUCUCUCCGUGUUGGGGGGAAUGUGGCUUGGGACGUUCGUGUUGGGGGGGUUGGCGGCGGAUAAUUGGUGGGCUCAUUGUUAGGGUCAUGGUGAUGAGGGAGUUUGGAUUACAUGUGUUUGCUUGCAUAGCAUAAUGUGUUUUUCACUAUGGGCUUGUUUGCUGGACGCUGUUGUCUUUUUAUGAAUCUUCUAUACCCCGUCAGAGAGGGAUGAGGAAUAUCUCAUUGUGCUUGAUACCAAU